UCCAUAUUUUGGCAUUCUCGUCCCAUAGUGGUUUGACAUUUUGAAGUGUAAAGUGCAUAGUGGAAGCUGCUAGCGGAAAGGCUGUUUUCCCCCAAAUUCUGCAGACCCUUUACUGCGUAACGUAAAAGAUACAAUCCGUAGUGUCUAUCCCGAAACCAGGUUAUUGAAAUAAUCUUAACAGCGUUGUAACUACGUCUCAGGAAUAGUCCAUUUACGGACUAUGACGUCAUGGCCAGAUUGGCAAUUUUUAUCAACCCACACUUUACACAAAUAAUUUAUCCUCGCAAAAAUGAGUGGUGAAGGGACGUCGUCUGGAUUUAGGUCCGGACAGAACGCGAAUAGUGACAAUGAGGUACCUUCCCAAGAUCUUCGUUCACAUUCCAGCCGGCCGGGAGAGUUGGCUCUGGGUGGAUCCCGUCGAACCUCCUGCAGUUCAAACGGGUCCUCGUCCGUGUCCUGUACAACUCCUGAUUACGAUUCCGGACACUAUUCCGGGUCGAAUGUUAGCGAAUUAAUUUUUCCACAAGGUAUUUCCUGUAGCUCAGAGGACGAUGGCCAGGUGGGACAGGAGAUGCGGGCAAUACGCAGCGAACUCGAGCGCCUGCAAAAGUCCGAACGAUGGUAUAAGAACGAGUUGAAGGUUCAGAAGCGUUCCAAGCUUGAUCUGCUUGAGAAGCUGUACAUGAACGAAAGGAAGUUCAUGCGUGAGAAUCAGAAACUCCAGGCGGACUGUAAGCGUUUGUAUGCACUGUGCAAUGAGAUAGAGCAGAGAAAGACUGACGAAAAGGAGGAUCUUCUUAAGCAACUCAAGCAUCUGGAGAAGUUGUUUGAGUCCUCGAAAGGCGGUUCUAAGAAGCCACUGCCGGACGUGGAGGCUCUGCAGUUCGAGGUGCAGCGUCAGAAGGCAACUGUCGAGGAGAAUGAGAACUUGAUCCGAACUCUUCGGAUGCAGAAACAGAAACUGCUGGAGGAGCUUCGCAGUUUAACUCAGGACCGUGAUGCUAAACUUCUCGAAAUCGAGAAGAAAACUAUUGCUCUUGAAUGCGAGAAUCGUACAAUUACCAAGCGAUGCCUGGAGCUAACGAAAGACAAGAGCCAGUUGGAGCAGAAACUGCAAACCAGCCUGGGAGACAGCAAUGAGGUUGUAAGUCUUCGUCAAACAUCUCAACGGCAAUUUGCUGAGAUCGGCAAGCUCACAGCAGCGUUGACUGAUUAUAAAUCAGCUUCAACAAAUGAGGCCGACCAGUUGAGAUCCGAACUGGACAAAUCAAAUUCUAGGAUACAGGAAUUCAGCGAAGAGUUAGCCCAGUUGAAAGCGUCUUAUGCGGAGAGACAGCUUGAAAAUGAGCAUUUCCAAGCUGAAAUCGAGCAAUACAAGAAGAUGAAGCAAAACUUCGAUAAAUAUGUUGAACUGCUUCAAGGAAACUCCGCAGAACUAGAUUCCAAGUGCAUGGAAGUUCAGCAUCUGGAGUCAGUUGUUGAAAUCCAAUCUACACAAUUGGCAGAGCUCAAUAGGAGCAGCCAUGAGGCGAGAGAGCACUGGCAACGGGUCACAGCCGACCUUCAAAGACAACUUGAUACUAAAAACAGGGACUUCGCCUCAAAACAGCAACAAUUCAACGAACUUGAGUCCAAGCGUUCCACCGAAAUUCAAAAACUUCGUCAAAGACUGAGCCAACUCGAGGGUUUGAAUGAGAAGCUGAUAAGCCAACUACGGAAUAGCACAACAGAAGUCAACAAGAAAUCUUCGGAGAUUGAACAACUUAAAGGGGCCAUAAGGGAUCUUAGUGAGCUCAGUGUUGAGAACUCGCAACUGAAGAAGCUUCUGGAGGUGAAGGACGAGGAGUUGGGCCAACGGAAACUACACGAGGCGUUCAUUUCGGAGUUGCAAACAGAAAUACAGAAGUUGAAAGGCGACCUUAAGAAUGAGAAAUGCAAGAGUAGUGAAACUGAGGCAUUACGGGGUAAAAAUAAGGCUCUUGAGGAAAUGGUGGAUGAAGUGAAGAAGGAAAAUGAAGCCCUUAAAAGGUCCUUGGGCGUAAUGGAGCAAGAUCGUGACUCUUUGAAAAAUUCGUCACAGGUUCAGUUGGAGAAAUUUAAGGAGUCAAACCGAAUCCUUUGUUCGGAGAAGUCUGAGCUCCAAACUAUUGUCGACAGCCACUUGGUGACCAUAGACAAUCUACAAUCCCAAAACAACCACAUCCAAGCCCAACUUUCACGUCAAGAAAAUUUGAAGUCCGAACUCGACCGCUGUCGGGAACUAAUCAAAAAAUAUGAAUCGGAAAAGCUAACAGCAACCGAUACUAGUCACCACGCCCCCACACUUCCCACGCUAGAAACCGUGACAAAAACCACUGAAUGUUCUUCCGAAAAAGACAUACUUAAUAGUCAAAUUGAAAUACUGCGCGAGACUUCGCAAAAAGUACCUGAAACCUGUGAUAGUUCGUGCCAAGUGGGCACUUGGAAUGCAUUGAAUGCAACCGCUAGAUCGGGAAAACACGAAACCAGUGAUGAAACCUCUGAUGUUAGAGAAAUGAAAUUGCUACAACGAGUCAUUGAAGCUGAACACCGAAAACGUAUUGGCCGAUAUGAGUUGCAUAUACGAACGUUGUUGGGUAAAUUACGAAGCUAUCGGAAUCGAGAUGCAAAGGAGAAAAGUAGCGAGGUGGUGGCAUGUGAGAAGGAAAUUGAGACUCUUCGCCAACAACUAAGAUUGGCACUUAGACGAAGCGCUGAGAUUGAACACUACAAAAAACUAAACCUGCAACUAACAUCUAACCUACAAUCGCUAACUGACGACUACAAAAGGGUCCUCCUCUCAAACAUAUCGCCUAAACCCACUACCAGCCCCCGAUACGCUGAAAUCUACAAACUCAUCGAUGAAAGUAACAAUUUAGUGCCAAACGUCAGCUACUUAACCGACUCAAUCGACGCGCUAAAAGACGAUAUAUCACAACUGAAAGUCGUUUUAGAUCCCCGCAAUGCAACUAGCACACCAAAAAUAUCUAACCCAGUGAAACGCCUAUCGCUUAUGGACGAGCUUAAGGCUGUCGACGAUAGCUUUACUUUUUGAGUGUUUUUUUUUGUUUUCGAGGCAGAAAAGAAAAUCCGAUUAUGGAAGAAAAUGCUUAGUUUCUGUUUUUCUGCAAGAAAAAAGUGAUUUUCUUUGUGUUAUUUAUCGUUGAUGCUUAGUUGAAUUCGCUUUUAUUUCGUUUUAAUUUAUUAAAUUGGAGGAUUAGGAGGAUAUUUACAAUUUUAUGCUUAUUUAAUUUUUGCGUAUAUAUAUUUUAAAAUAAAGCACUUUGAUUUAUUUUAUGUGCUCUGCUUGGCAGAAGGUGAUAAGACGGAAUAAAUUCUUAAGUGCAGGAAAUAUUUUAGGAAAUAUAUGUACAUAAAUAUUGGAAAACUUAAA